CUUCAAGUUGUUUAACUGUUAAACAGUGUUGUGUUAGCCUAUUGCUUAGCGAAAACUAGAGAUCCUUAUGUCUGCCUUGAGUGAUUUUUGAGCUGCUCCUUUAAGCAGGACGGGUAGCCCGAUCGGCUCAUGGGGUGGUUAUAUUUCUGACCGGUAAAAGUUGCGUACCUGCUUCACACACACGUAGUUUGCAAAUCAGAUACUGAGAGCUAAAUGUGGAAACGAGAAGAGAGCAGGAGAACAAUGGCAGGAGGGAAUUUAUGAAAUAAGCGUGUGUGUUUAUGCAUAGGGGAAAGUGAGGUCGAGAGAGAGCGAGCUCUUUCCUUCUGCCCUUGAGCGCCUAGGACAAAACCGAAAUCGCAAAAAGUAACGGAACAUUAAUUGAGGCAGUACCACUUCUGGAAAAAGUAUUGAAAUAUAAUAUAUUUCGAACAAGAAGUCAACUAUUGUGCGUACGGGAUGUAUAGGAUACCAUCCUAACGCACUGCUUUCCUCAAAGUAUAAAAACAGAAGGGAAACAAACAGAAGGGGAGAGCAUCUCAUCUAAUCCUCUUACAGAAGGGAAUACGGUAACGUUAAGCUUUAUUUCAACGACGAACCAAUGCUGAGGCUUUUGAAUGCUGAUAACACUUUUGCAAAGGAUGCACCCAUGACAGAAUGAUCAUAUUUUCCCGGAGCAAUUUGCCAACGAUGGAGCAUGUAAAUACUUCCUUUGACUGACGUGAAAACACAACAAAAUCUCAUCUAGAGAGCUUCUGAGUGGACAGCGGGAAUAUUCUCAAUGCUCUACUCAUGGACAUAUCGAUUGCUUUUAGCAUGGCUUGCCUGGAGUGCCAAAGGGGGUCGAUCUGAGAAAGAUUUAGCGUUGUAUACAUUUCUAAUAAAAUAAGUUAUUGUAACUAUCAUUUAAAGUAAUACUUUAAUUUGAAUUGUUUUUAACAUAAGAUAACAAAUACUUCAAAACAGAAGUGUAACUUAUUUAGGCAGGCAUACAUUUGUAUACAAAACCAGCAGAGUUGUAAGGCUGUAUCCUGCAAGCGGCAGGUGUCUCUCCCAACAUGAAAACCAACCGGAUUCCAAGCUGAUCCUCUCCCUGUGUGGACCGACGGUGGCACCACUUCCCUCUUCCCUCCGGACUCUCGGUCUUGGACCAUGGGUGUGGUCUAUACGAGUGCCAUGCUCUCACAGGUGCUUUUUCAUUUGCACUUUGUUACUCUGACCCUUGGCCAGUAUGACAUAUGCAAGUCGCUGUUUAGUACGGACGAUGGACCAACAUGGGAGUUUUAUGCGUGCCAGCCAAAACCAAUGGCUAUGAAGGAGUUCGUGCAAAUUAGGGUGGAUCCUCCUGGCAUCACUUGUGGCAACCCCCCGGAGAGGUUCUGUACCCUGGAGAACCCCUACCUGUGUAGUGACGAGUGUGACGCCUCCAACCCGGACCUGGCUCACCCUCCCCAGCUGAUGCAGGAUCGUGAGCGCAGCGGCCUCAUCACCUAUUGGCAGACGGUGACAUGGAGCCGCUACCCGGAGCCCCUGCUGGCCAACAUCUCCCUGGCCUGGAACAAGAGCCUGGAGUUGACCGACGACAUUCAGGUCACCUUCGAGUAUGGCCGCCCCACCAUGAUGGUGCUGGACAAGUCCCUAGACAAAGGGCGCACCUGGCAGCCCUACCAGUUCUACGCCGACGACUGCAUGGAAGCCUUCGGCAUGCCCGCUAAGCGGGUGCAGGACCUGUCGGCCACCAAUGUGACCCGGGUCAUCUGCACAGAGCAGUACUCUCGCUGGGUGGGCUCCAAGAACGAGAAGGUGCUGCGCUUCGAGGUGAUGGCACGCUUCACUAUCUUCACGGGGCCCAAGCUGCUCAACAUGGACAGUCUGUACACACGCAUGGAGAGUAUGAAGGGCCUGAGGGACUUCUUCACUUUCACCAACCUGAGACUGAGGCUGCUGAGGCCGGCCCUGGGGGGAACCUACGUCCAGAAAGACAACCUCCUCAAAUAUUUCUACGCCAUCUCCAACAUAGAGGUACCAGCCAGGUGUAAGUGUAACCUCCAUGCUGGCCAGUGCACCUUUCGGGAGGGAAGCCUGCAGUGUGACUGUGAACACAAUACGACGGGCCAAGACUGCACUCGCUGUGAGAGGGGCUUCAAAGCCAAGUCAUGGAAACCUGGAUCGUACCUACCCACCCCCAACGGAUCCCCCAAUACCUGUGAUGCUGCUGGGACUCUUGGCACACCCACAACAGUCCAGACUCCGCCAACAACCACACCUGCGUUGGCGACUACGACCAAGCCACCCACAGACCAACUGCCCACAAUUACCACUAUUAUGGCAGACAUCACCACCUUCACUGACAUAGUGACAGCUGUGGUGGGUCCCACAUCCAGCACAAAGCUCAGUGACUCCCUAACUGACACACCAGUGCUGCUUCUGGCAACAGAUCAAACGUCUGUGCCAGCCACGAUACCAGCCACUCUUCCAGCCAGUAUGUCAGACACUGUGCCAGUCUCUGCCAGUCCCGACCAGACAGACAGUCCAUCCUUAACCACAGUGAACUUGCCCCCAAUGGAGGUAAAUCCCCCCACAACCACAGUGAGAGCGCAGCCGAAAGUUACUGAAUCAUCUGAUGCAGCUGAUGCCACAUCUGACUCAGUCACACCAUCAUCUGAUGCAACCACUCCAACAUCAGUUGGAUUUACUCUCACACCUGACAGCACAACGACUUCUUACACAGUGACUUCUGACACCAGUACCACAGCAUCUGACACAAGUACGGCUACAUCUGAAACAAGUACUACAACAUCUGAAACAAGUACUACAACAUCUGAAACAAGUACUACUACAUCUGAAACAAGUACUACUACAUCUGACACAAGUAUCACAGCAUCUGACACAAGUACCACAGCAUCUGACACAAGUACCACAGCAUCUGACACAAGUACCACAGCAUCUGACACAAGUACCACAGCAUCUGACACAAGUACCACAGCAUCUGACACAAGUACCACAGCAUCUGAAACAAGUACUACAACAUCUGACACAAGUACCACAGCAUCUGACACAAGUACCACAGCAUCUGACACAAGUACCACAGCAUCUGACACAAGUACUACAGCAUCUGACACAAGUACUACAUUUGACACAAGUUCAACAACAACUGAGAGAAGUACUACAAUAUUUGACACAAUUACUACACUAUUUGACAUUAGUAUUACACCUUCUGUCACUAGUACUAGCACAGUUGACACCAGCACCACAACAUUUGACACAACCACCACAGUAUCAGACACAAGUAUCACAACAUUUUACACAAGUACUACAUUUCUAACAAGUACUAAAACAUCUUACACAAAUAUUUAUUUUGACACAAGUUCUACAACAACUGACACAAGUACUGUAUCUGACUCAAGUACUACAAUAUUUGACACAAUGACUUCAACAUCUGAUAUAUUUACCACAACUUAUGGCACUAUUACUUCAGCAUCUGAUGUAUUCACUUCAACAUCUGGUGUGCCCUUUCUGGCAUCGGACACAGUUACUCCAGCAUCUGAUGUAGUAACACCACCAACAGAUGGAUUUACCUCACCCCCUGAUGAUACAUUUAUUCCAGCAUCUGAGGGAGAUACACCUGCCUUUGACGUGGCUACUUCAGUAUCUGAUGGACUGACCUCACGACCUGAUGAAGCUCCUUCAACACCUCAAGCAGUUCCUCCAACUUCCGACACGGUUUCCUCAGCACCUGAUCCUCUUUCCCGUACACCGGGUGGAGACACCACCCAAGCUCCAGACAAAUCUACUCCAGCACCUGACACAGAUACCUCAACAUCUGAUGCUGCUACCCUGGCACCUGUCGUAGCUACUACAGCUCCAGACUCAUCUUCAGCAGCUCCUGAUCCUGCUACCCCAUCUCCUGAUGUAGGACCAGUUCCUGAUUCAGUUGAUCCAGCUCCUGAUGUAGGACCAGCUCUUGAUUCAGUUGAUUCAUUUCCUGAUUCAGUUGAUCCAGCUCCUGAUGCAGGACCAUCUCCUGAUGCUGUUGAUCCAGCUCCUGGUGUUGGACCAGUUCCUGAUUCAGUUUAUCCAGCUCCUGAUGUAGGACCAGCUCUUGAUUCAGUUGAUUCAUUUCCUGAUUCAGUUGAUCCAGCUCCUGAUGAUGCUGUUGAUCCAGCCCCUGAUGCAAGACCAGCUCCUGAUUCAAUUUAUCCAGCUCUUGAUUCAGUUGAUUCAGCUCCUGAUUCAGGACCAGCUCCUGAUGCUGCUGCUCCAAUGCCUGAUGCUGGGGUCGGUGAGAAAGUGGGAAAUAAAGAAGAAAAUGUUAAAGAGGAAAAAGGUACACCGUGAUAUAGCAACAAUACCCUCUUAUUUUUUUCAUUUACAAGUGUAUGAAUAUUCCAUCAGUAAACUAUGGUAAAACUGCAAAUAUUGAAGGAACUAUCCCACUGGGCACAGCAGUAAUUUCAACGUCUAGUUUUGAUUUUAUAUUUGGUUGACCAAUCAGUUUUCUAUAUUGAUUCAACAACAUGACAUAGAAUAUUUUUGCUAAAAUUAUGUGGAGCCAACGUUGAAUUAACCAAUAUUUGCCCAGUGGUAUAUUUAGAAUGAACAAUGUUAUCCUCUAAUGUACAGUUGUGUAUGCAGUCUAUAUGCUGCUAAUAGGCAGUUGUGUCAGUAAGGUUUUAUGACCUUUACACGAGCUGUUGCCUUAUUGUCUCAACCAUUUGACAAAGCCAUUAUCUAAAGGGUCAUUCAGCAUGAAUAAAGAAUGAGUCAAAAGUUGGAAGUUGCUUUUUUUCUGAUCUCUCAAUCUCUCCGGUGUACACAGUUACCCCCAUAACUGAAGCCAAAGGGGAAAGCAAAGAGGAAGAGAAAGAGAAAAAAAAAUAUUUUCAAACGAAAGACAAUGAGAAAAAAGGUAUAUUGAUUAACAGUAGUCUAGUAGUAUUUGUACUGUAUGUUGUGUGUGUUACAAAAUAUAGUUGUGUCAGAUUUAAAAAUAGUUUAGUAUGAUCCAACAACUCAACUCUGUUAUGGGAACAGAUGGGGAUCUGUGAAACUCACUCCUCUGAAGUGAAUCCACUUGAGCUGCUGAACAGUUAGCUUUUUGGUGGAGCAACUAGGUAGACACUUCAGAAGGGGGGUCAUGUGUGUUUGCGAGGCAGAGGUCCUGGGUUCAAGCCUUGAUAUGAGCUGAAUCAGGAGGAAGCGGUAGUCGUUAAGCAAGCAGCGUGACAUCCUUUACAAUGGUGCCAAUUGACUCAGAUCUGCAGUUGCGCUCAGCUCAAUGCUGGGUUCCCCGUGGAGGGAAUUUGGGGGGGUGAAGGUAGCAGAUGGGGAUCUGUGAAACUCCACUCGCGCUGCCGAACAGCUAGCUGGGUAAGACGCUUCAGGAGGGCGGCCAUGUUUGUUUGCGAGGCAGAGGUCCCGGGUUCAAGCCUGAAUCAGGAGGGAGCGGUACUCGCUAAGCAAGCAGCGUGACGUCCUUUACAUUAGCGUUAGCAUGUCAAUUUGUAGUGGUGUCAGUAACCAUUCAUGUUGAAUUCCCUGAACCAACUCAAUGGGGUUGAAGUUGGAGUGUUAGUCACCUGGUUGCUAUAGGAAAACAUGCCCACUGGGUGUCAGAGCACAAACAGAUAAUUGAUGGACAAAAAAGGUUGCGGAAAAGCCAUUUUUGGAUGAGCCCAGGUCCCAGUAGGAUACCUGAUCCAUGGUUUCAGGAGGCUAUUGACUCAAAGCACCAGGCUGCUGACAAGCAUUAGAAGUCGUCUGUGUGUUUUGUCAAACCUAGAGCAGCUAAUGUAUUUUUGUUGUUGACAAGGAUCAUGUGGUACAGAAUAUGCCACAUAGUAUUGUGUGGGUGAUUCUGUCACCACUCAGACUCCACUCAUCAGCUGUAGCUGAACCAGUAUUGCAAACUUAACAUCUUUGCUAUGGACUAUGAUUCCAAUUACUUGAUUUGGCACUAAACGGGAGAAACGGACUGAAGCUCAUUUCGUGUUAUGUUUAAAUGUUAAAAUAAAAUAAUUGUUACGUUUCCCUAAUAAACACAACCCAGGUAGGCAUUUUAUUGCUGGUGAGAUGGAUUGUCUGAAUAGGACUGAGAUGUUGUUCUUGUAGAGUAUCUACACUUUGUGAAUGACUAAACGUUGUGGUAAUAUACAAUACUGUGUGUUAAUGUGUAGAUUUCAAUGGUUUAUGGAAUGUAUGAGGUCUUUCUCUGUGAAUCAUGCAAGAUGUCUGAGCAGUUGGCACCCUAUUGUGUUUCAGGAUUCCUUUGGCAUCAAUUGUAUAUUUUAGUAGCCAUGAUAUUUCAGACACUGUGUAGUAGAGGCUUGUA